AUGUACAGCGAAAUAGAGGAAGGUGAAUAUAUAGAUGAAGAGGACAUUGACACCGAGCAAAUUGAAAAAGAACAAAUCUCCACGAAUUUAAGAAAAAUGUCUAAAAAUCGAAAACCAACAAAACCACCACAAAUUGAAGAAGAUGACAAUGACGACGAUGAAGUUUUAAGACAAAAAUUACUUGAAAAUUUAACUCGAAAACAAUUAACAGAAUCGAGUGAAGGAAGUAGUCAAUCACCAAAAAGAAAAUCUUCCCAAAAUAAUAAAUUAUCUAUUUUAAUUUCACAAUUGGAUUCGGCACAUAAAAAAAGAGAUUCUUGUUUAAGUAGGCGGAGAGAAAUUCAAGAAAUGAUGACAAUUUGUGAUUUAGAUUUGGAAAGAAUAAAUGAAGCAAUAAAUAAAUUAAUUACCAAAAUUUAUUCUGACAUUCAAUCUGUCGCUAAACAACAGAAAAAACAGCAAAAACAAAAUUUAAAAAAUGAAAUUAAAAAAAUUUUGCCUGAAAAUGAGAGAAAAUCACCAAUUUCUAGGCUACCAAUUCCAACAAGAAAGCGAAAAAAUUUAUUGGACAAUAAUAGUACCAAUCGAAAAAUUGCAAGAAUAAUGGACGAAGGAGAGGAUCUCGAUUUGCGUGAAUUAAUUCCUUCUAAAGCUGUAGAUGUUAUUGGACAAUUACAACAAGCACAAAAAGAAGUACAAAAACCGAUAUUAAUAAAUACUAGAAAUGAAGAUUUAAAUCAACAUUUAGUUCCACAAUUAAAAAGUUUAACAGAACCAAUCAAAGUUAUCAAUAAAAAUAAAAAUAUUUCUCCAAUUCCUCUUGAAGAAGGUGAAAUAGCUGAAAAUGAUGAAUCGUUUGAAGGAGAAGAGUAUUGUGUUAAUGAGAAAAUAAAAGAAAACAAAAAUACUAAUCAAAUUAAUGAAAAUAUUUUAGAAGAAAAUGAAGUUUUGAUAGAAAUAGAUAAAAAUACAACAUCUUUAGUACCCGAAUUUUCUGAAAAUUUGGAAGAACAAGAUGUUAUAAAAGAAUCUCCAUCUCCCCCAACACUUCCAUUAAUGAAUAUUCGUUUAUAUAGAUUAAGUCCAAAUUUCCCUCAACAUUUAUUAUCACAUCCAGCAUUUUCGAGUAAUUUAAAUCCAUUUAUUCCUCUUUGUCCAUUUCAAUUAAAUGGACGUUGUGCAGACAAACAUUGUUUAUUUCAACAUGAACAAGAUUAUAUUUUAAAUGAAAAAGAAAUUGUUGAAGAAUUUUUGUCUUAUUGGCCAAAACUUGUGCCAAAAGGAAUGGGGAAUUCUGAUUAUGCCACAAAAAUGUUGGCAGAAGGCCCAUUAGAUCAAGUACUUGGAUUUUUAAUGGCUAGUAUGCCAGAUGAUGUUCGGAUUUGUUUAAAUUUAUUUUCUGGGAAAUAUUUUGAAUAUUCUCGUCAGGCAGAUAAACAAAUAAAUGAUCAAAUUGAAUAUGAACAAACAAUAAAAGGUGCUGUCGGUCAACCAAAAGGGUGGUUGUCGUUAUCACAACAAAAAGGUAAUAUGAAAACUUUAAUCAACAAAAAUGACAAAAAGAAGUGGUUUGAGCCGAGAAAUAAAAAUAAUAUUAUUGAAUCAGGCUGA